AUGAACAGCCUGUCGUUGGUACUGCUGUUUGCUGUUGCCCACGCUCUCGUGUGCCAGGCGUCACCGGCCUACGAGAUUCUGGAAGCCGAUGACGAGGAGGGUCUGAGUGAUGGUCUGAAAAGGGAAGGAGGAGAAGCGAAGGAGGCGGUGCAAGAGCAGGAGGAGGAGGUGAGAAGAGAUCAAGGGAAUUGAAGGCAGAUGGUGAGGAGCUGGAGGCUGGGUUGGUUGAAGGGACUCUGGCUCCUGCGCGCGGUAGACGCGGCAUAUUAUGCAUUCGGGUCUGUAUUGGCAGAAUUUGCAGAGUUGGCUGUAGACGUGUUUAACCGCACGCACGCACACGCACUUACAAUAAAGAUCCAUUUGUUCUUGCUGCGUGCGAAGAUGCUCGGGCAGUUCGGAGGGGCAUUGCGGGAUGAGAAGGCGGCAAUCAGAUUUGUUUCGGUUGAACUAAUUAGCCAAAAGCAAGGAGAUGGGGCAUGCCACCUUCAACUCUUCCCGAGUGUGAAUUGCUGCAAAGUCAAAAACUUGCCCUUUUCACCGAUCAGUUCACUUAAUUACAAUCCGCAUCGACCUGAUAUACGAGGCCGGUAAGAAGAUCGGGCCUGGGAUCGAAAAUUGGACGAGGUCAAGUAGUGCUUUAAGAAUUCAUCUAUGUGUCCUGUAUCGUUGUACUUUGAAUGGUUAAGAAACAGCUGCAGUAACCCCUGACGCUAAAUCUAACCGCUUAUCCUAGUCCCUUAACACAAUGCCUGAACUGAAUCCAGACGGUAAUGUGUCGAUCGGGCGGGGCUACAUAACCAUAUCUAACCUUUCCCAGGGACAAAGUAGGCAUGCAGGCUGCAUUCAAUAAGACUCCUUCGACAAAAACCACCCUGCCCUUAGCAGUGUUAUUCACGAUGGGUCAUACUCCCCUCUAUCUGUCAACGUCUGUGUUUGUGUUCGUGGAAGUACCCGAAGAGGAUGUGAUGUAAGGAAGCCUGAGCAGGUCUGGAGAGGAAUAGAUUCAGCUAGAAGAAUUUUGGUGAUGAGAAGUUGUAGUAAGCGAUCGACACCUCGUCUGCUGUGAGAAACUGCUUAACAAGGUCCCCUGAGAUACAGUUUAAUGUGGUUCACAAUUCCGCUCUGAGAUGAGCAUAUGCUAGGGCCACUGUAAAAACAACACUCGCUAAGAACUGCUAGUUUGAUAAUGCCACUUUUCUUCCUUGCUUGUCUAUGCCUCUACACAUUGGAUAAUGUCUUGCAGGACUGGUGCAGGAAAAAUCAAUUGCCAAAUUUAUUCUAGAAACUGAAACUCUUUUUCAGGUCACCUAUGCGAAGAAGGCGUGUCUUUUCAAUUUAUCAAGGUUUUAUAACAGGUAAAAUUUCAGCCCUAAGUUGGUCGAUAUCAGCGCGCCAAAGGUUUUUUUAACUGUCGCGGGUUUUCGGGUAUGGAGAAAAGCUAGUAAUCAUAUAGAAGAACGACGUGGUCACUUUUUCCUAUGGGGGGGGGGGGGCAAGCAUGACACCUCAUUAAUGCUGUCCUGUGAUUUCGUAAGGACAAGAUCAAGACAGAUGGCCUGUUGGCUUUCGCGUACUCUAUUUGGAAACAUGAUAAGUUUAGUGAGAAAGAACUUCAGUGCCGUGUUCAGAAAACUCCCAUCGAAGGUCUGCUCCGUGCUAUUUGCAUGGGUCGAGCUCCAGUCAAUAUGAGGCGCGUUUAAGUCACGCAUGAUCAAGAUAUCCGGCCGCGUAGCGAACUUUUCGAGCUCUUCCAGCAGGCGAGCAUUGGCCAUGUUGUCCCGUCUCGGCGGUCAACAAACUGUCAGGACAUCGAGACUAGGCGAGCUGGGCACUUUAAUAGACGGCCAGAUUGCCUCAGAAGUAGACGAAAAUUUGUCAAUUUUGUCUGAUACAUUUAUCACAUUUUUCACAUGCGCGAUUACGCGUCCUCCCUAAAGCCCUUCCCUAUCCCUUCUAAACAUCUGGUAGCCAGGCAAGGCCAACUCACGGUCGUCUACGUGUUGGGUCAACCAGGUUUCUGUUAAAGAGAUUACGUCAGGGGAUAGAUCGCAGAGGUGGAUCUUCAGCUCGUCGAACUCUGAUAGCAAACUCUGCACGUUGGUGUACAAGAAUUCCAAUUUACGGUUGACGGAAAAAGUGGCUACAUUUUGGUUAGCACGUUCACUUAAUAUGUCUGCUGCGCGGUCAUUCGGACAGGACCUGUCCAAAGGAAAAGUGACGGACGCCGCCGUACUUGGUUGUUGUAUAUAACUCAGUUGUACUCCCCUCGCUAAGCCUCUUUCCUAGUGCUAGAACUAUUUGACGACGUUUGAGCCGUUCUGCUGGCGAGUAGUCCGGUUGAAAAAAAAACACCUAAGUUGUAGCCUCUAAUCCGGAAUCGCCUGGAGAGAACGAGACUGGCUUGGUCGCUGCUGGCCAGCCCAACUUUAUGAGGUCGGGCAUGAUUCGACACUGAUGGAUUAUUUGCUCGUUUUCCAAGGCAGAAGGCUUUGAUUACUUCAAUAGCCUCAGUGGGUUCCAAAAUGUUAUUGAGAAGACCUUGGAAGAGUGAUAGGUCUUCCGAAAACCAGUCCUUGAUUCAGGAAUUCCCUGAAUAAUAAGACAUUUUUCUCUGUCGGUUUCUUUUUUAUUUUCGAUGGAAGUGUGCUUCCCUAAAUGACGUAACGCUCUGGGACCAUGCGCUGGUGAUGGUGAAGCAGAUGCGCGUACGCCAUCUGUUAGUAUGACACUUAUGUUGACAACCUUGGAAGAAGCGCUUGGCAGAGAAGACUGUGAAUAGAACUCUGUGACUCUAAUAGAUGAAUCGAUUCCACCGCUCCUACUGGUCUAUCCAGUGCGGACUGUUUCGGAGAGUCAGCAAAGGUGUUUGGACGCACAACAUUUGCCUUGAGGGUCGGAACGUCCGUCAAUGCCUCGGUUUCGGCCUCUACGGAGGCAUCUUCCGGAAGUAGCCGUCCGUUUUUCUUGGCCUUUUUACAAUUUGAUUUCAUUUUCUCUUCAGUUUUUGCGUUUCCUUUCUGGCCGUUAUUAUCUCGCUUAUUAG